AUGUUUCAGCUCACCUACCGCAACAGCUUCAUCGAUGUGGAGGAGCGGGUGCCAAAUAGCCUGGGAGGCAUGCGUAAGGAAGUCUCGAAGCGCUCAGUUCGAACUGGCCGCGCCAGCAGUGCCCCACCCCUUGCAAACCGGGCGGCCGAAUGGACGCCGGCGAAGCAAGAAGAGGCGGAGAUGCAGGUCUACGUGUGUUCCCUCUUCUUUGGCGGCUGCGGAAGCCUGGCAUCGCUGAGCACCACUGGCUCAUCGCUGAGCACCACUGGCUCGGAUGUCACGCAGGCUGACUUUCACGCCGACGCCCAGGCCCCGAGCUCUGGCAGCCUGGGCCACCCCGAGCUGUGCCGAAGGGCCUGUAUCUACCUGGCGGCCGGGGAAUGCAAGAGCGGCAGCGCCUGCAACUACUGCCACAUGGACCAUGUGGAGAAGGCUCCGAAGCUGGACAAGAGGCAGCGGGGCAUCAUGCAGCAGCUGAGCCGCCGGGAACUGCUGGCGCUGGUGCUGCCCUACUGCCGCACCAAGGCCCAGGAGCUGGGGUCCCUUGCGGAUGAGCUCCUAGAACGCCUGGAGGAGGGGGCCGCCGAAUGUCCGCCGAUGCCGGCCUGGAUCCUCGAGCGGGAUGUGCGUGUGGGCCUCGGACACAUGCGCGGUUUGAGCGGUAACCUCACCAAGUCCCUGCGUCGGAUGAACCUCUCCAACCUCAUCGGCCUCGCGACUCACAUGGGCACUGCGCGCACCGAGGAUGCAGCAGCAAGCGUGCAGCUUGUGGCAGAUGCUUUUUCGUCCUUGCGCCUGGAGUGA